UUAGGGAAACGUGGCCUUCGGCGCGCAGUUGCAGUGAGAGGUAGAGAGAGACAUGGCGGACGUGCCGAGCUCACUCCAGGCCGAGGCCGCCCUGAACGACACCGAGCCCGGCGCUGCCAGCGUCAAUGGCACCGUCAAGUUCGUGGCCACCCUGGAGGGCGCAGCCGUGGCCUACGGGAGUCUGGUUCUCAUGGCGCUGCUGCCCAUCUUCUUCGGGGCCCUGCGCUCUGUCAACUGCGCCAAGAGCAAGAAUUCCUCAGAUAUGCCAGAGACUAUUACAAGUCGAGAUGCAGCCAGAUUCCCCAUUAUAGCCAGCUGCACGUUGUUUGGUCUUUACCUGUUUUUCAAAAUAUUUUCCCAAGAGUACAUUAACCUGCUCUUAUCUAUUUACUUUUUUAUACUGGGUAUCCUGGCUCUGUCGCACACACUCAGUCCAGCAAUGAAUCGAGUGUAUCCCACUAAUCUCCCCAACAAGCAGUACCAACUGCUCUUUACUCAGGGAACCGGGGAAACGAAGGAGGAAAUCAUCAAUUAUGAGUUUGACACAAAAGAUCUGGUCUGCCUUGCGUUCAGCAGUGUAGUUGGAGUCUGGUAUUUGCUGAAAAAGCAUUGGAUUGCCAACAAUCUGUUUGGAUUAGCCUUUUCUCUCAACGGUGUUGAGCUACUGCAUCUGAACAACGUCAGCACAGGCUGCAUUCUCCUGGGUGGACUUUUUAUCUACGAUGUGUUCUGGGUGUUUGGCACAAAUGUCAUGGUGACUGUAGCCAGGUCAUUUGAAGCGCCCAUUAAACUGGUUUUCCCUCAAGAUUUUCUGGAGAAAGGACUUGCCGCCAGUAACUUUGCGAUGCUUGGUCUGGGCGAUAUUGUUAUUCCAGGUAUCUUCAUUGCUCUUCUGCUGCGCUUCGAUGUCAGUUUGAAGAAGAAUAGCCGGACGUAUUUCUACACCAGCUUCUUGGCUUACAUCUUUGGCCUUGGGCUGACUAUUUUUGUAAUGCACACGUUCAAACAUGCUCAGCCUGCUCUCCUGUACCUGGUACCUGCCUGCAUUGGCUUCCCAGUACUCGUGGCCGUGAUCAAAGGGGAACUCACUGAGCUGUUCAGAUAUGAAGAGAAAACUGGCCUUGACAAGGAUGCUUCGGAAGAAGCCACAGAGGAUUUGACAGAAAACAAGAAAGAGAAGUAGUAAAAUGCCAGCGAGCAGUCUAUUGAGAAGCAAGUCCUCGGUCCUAUUCUGCCUGUUGUAUUCAUUUCACGCAAAGACCCUAACAAGCCAAGUGCGUCCUGUGUGUGGGUUAUUUUGUGGCAAUUUUAAGGGGAAAGACAAAAGUAUUUCAUUUUCACAUCAUGCUACAAUGCUAGUUAUCCAAUUCCAUUCAAAUGUUUUCUAUGUAUGUGCUACUCUUUAUCUGUGUUUUAUAUACAGUAUAUAUAAAAAAAACUGCGAGGUUAUACCAGUGCCUACCUGUAAAGUUUUAAUUUAUUACCAAGUCAUUCAUAAAUUUCAAUGACCCUUUUUAAUUCAAAGGCCAGUAUUUUUUAAGUUUUGCUUUACAAACAAAUGCAGAGAGAAAAAAAAUUCUUCUCCCCUGGAACAGUCAUUCACACUUUUACCAAAAACAAAAUUGUUUUUAAAAAUAUAUAUAUAAUCUCACCUGUCACUAUUUUUUUACAUGUUGGUUGGAGCCCAUGGAUGCAUUUUUAAAAGGGAAAUUCUAGAGUUUAAAUCAGCAGUGUUUUUAUUGGAAAAUGACUCAAUCAGCUGCUAAUACUUACUGUAGAUUUAUAAGUAUUGAAUUUAAUGCUGGGACUAUUUUUUUGUCUAACGGGCCAUUUGUGUCUCUCCCCCUGCCCUCCUGCUGCAUUUGUUUGGAAAUCAAGGAUUGACUGAUCGAUUAUAUUUUGGUGUUAGGUUGGGGAGGGGGUGGUGAAGGUUUACCCUAAACUGUACCUUGUAUUUAUGUCCACCUGUGGAAAGUCCUGAACAGAACGUAAGUGCACCAGCCAGUAAACCUGAAACUGCCCGAGUGAAUUCAGUCGACAUCAUUGUUCAGGUGGAAGUUUUCGUUUCAGCUGGUUGGAAUGUGGGACUUGUCAUGAUUGCAGUUGUUUCUAUUAGUGAGGUGUUCCUCUGUCUGCAGUGCAUGUGGCAGUUUAUGUGUCAGUCCCCACUUCCCUCUUUUCUCCCCUCUUUCUUUCUCUUCCCCACCCCCCAUCCGGGGCAAAAUUUACACCAACCAGCACCCCAGCCGCCUCCCUUCCUCCCUCCCCCGGUCACACUGAAAUCAUUGUUGAAUAUGCUGAAUUCACUAAUGGAAGCAAGCGCAGGGGGGGGUGGGGGGGCAGAGGGAGAGGGGGCAAAUUAUAAAUGACCCCGCUUUGUACCCACCCGCACACAGCACCAACGAGGAUCUAUCUCCCAGAGGCCAAGCCAAAUUGUAGUGUCCUCCAAACUGUCAAGUUGCUUAGCUUGAGACCAAGGCUUUGAACCUGGGACCUCCUGGAUUGGUGUAGGUUGAUCAUUACCUCACCAUGGUAGUGCAUUUAACCAGUGGGACGCCAGGAAAAGCUGUGUUUUUGUUUGUCCGAUUAUUUUCUUUUGAGGUUGGGGAAGUUUUGGGAAGCUCGCUCGAAUACCAGUGAUUUACGCGGUUUCUCCCCCACACUUAUACCACUGUUGAGGACAGGAUCAUGCUCAUUGAACUGAAUGAAUUCUACAGGAUCUUACUCUUAACAGAAGCUUUGCCACCUUUUCACUUUUCCAUUUCAGAUGAAUUGGAGGCUCCCUCCAAAAGGUCUCUCCUCUUUUCCCAGCACAGGUAGCAACACAAGUUUAUCGUUGUACUUGACACUUAACAAUGAUUGCACCAGCCAGGACACUUGAGCUGUAGGUUUAUUUUUAACAAUGGCCUGCAGUCAUGAGCCAAUCUCUUUGCUGUAUAACGAAGAAGGUGGAUGGAUGGACGGACGGACGGGUGGGUGGGUGGAUGAAGUAGCCUGAGUUUAGUGUUGAGCCGCGAUGCGCUCUCUUGGGCUUCAUUCUCCACUCGUGAAUUUUUAAAACUUUCUUAAGCUUUUUGUUUCUUCUAAACUGCCUGCAAACCCGGACAUCCAUCUCUUUAUGGCCUUUGUUUCCCCCAUUCAGUCACUUUUACGUGCAACGAUUAAUUAUCGCUCUUCAUUCUGUGGUUUGCGAUUGUUCGAGAUCUUGAGGAGUAUUUCUGUGUCAAAAGCACAAUGUUCAAGCUUCCCGUAACCAUAGAGUCUAAAUUCCCACGACCCAUUUGACUUCACUUUGUACUGAACCUUUAAUGAUGGCAGUGGAGCAUGGGUUCAGGAUCUAUGCUCUGAUGUGAUUCUGAUUCCGUAGGACGCUAUUUUCAGUCAAUUUUUUUCCCCCAAUUUUUUUUGGCAUCUUUUUCCUUUUGUAUCUUAACUUUCCCCUCUUCAGGGAAACGUCGGCCUCCAAUGCCCGUUGCCAAAUGAUGAAAGGAAAUAUUCCAGAAUGGUACCUCAUUUCUAACCCUAACAAGAUUCUUUCCCUUUACACGUGGCCUCUGUGACUGGUUUAUUUUAUAAUGGUGUUAUCCCGCGACGACUGAUUUUUUUUGACUGUUCAGUAGCCAGCGCGAGCCUCCAGCAAGGCGGUGUCUUUGCUGUACAUCAUGUCCUCGAUGCCAGAGAAGUGCAUUCACUUCUUCUUACACUUGUACCCGCUAACCAAAAAGUUGAGCCAUUUCCAAUAGCUUUCUUUCGUUGACCCAGGCGACAAGACGAUUAAAAGCUAAAACUUUUGUCAGUCCAAAAUAUUCCAGAAAUCUAUAGCGAGUGUCCGAAUAACGUUUUCAGUGGGUGGGGUAAGUGCAUGUGGGGUGGGGGGGGGGCGGGGGCAGAGAGAGGGAGGAGCAGUCUUGGAGAUUUUAUAGCCCAGUGUACACAAGUCUGCCAGUCCAUAUUGUACAUGUUCAGUGUGCUCGGCUUUUUAUGUAUCAUGGAUAUGUGCGUAUAUGUUAAAAUGGUACACGUGACUUGAGUGUUCACACGUUCCUGAAGUUCCAUAUCCUUCAGACUUGUAUCUCUAUCCGGUUUUCAUGGGACGAGUGAAGGAGGAAGAAAGUUAUUUAAUUGUGUGAUCAUGGAUUGGAACGCAACGCGGGGUUAAAUUAAACACUGGGUCAUUGUAAUUGGGUGGAUUUUUUUUAAAAAAGAGUUCUUUGUGAUUAUUGAGAAUCUUGCUUUUUCUGCUUUUCCAUUACUGUAGCAAAGCUGCUCAACCUGGUUCCCGUGAGGGGCUGUGAUCAUUUUGCAAUAAACUUGUGGUGUGCACCACUAUCUAUAUGCAUCA